GUGUAUUUCACCUCAGCGGUUUGCCUUUCGCUCAAUUUGGAAGACGACAUGCUCAUUAGUAGGUAACCAUCAUCAGAUUUAUUCCAUCAUACAGUACUGCAAGGCAUGACCAUUCUAGUAGAGGUCACCAGCAGCCGCCCGGGUUCGACAGCAGGGCAUUACUGAGAGCCGCUCAUGGUUGAAGGUCAUACUACAUCACGUGCUUAGAAAUCCAACCAUUCUGGACACGGGGAAGACUGGCGACUCUUCCUUCCACCUCAUCACGGCUGUUUGGUUCAACCAAGGACGAUCGGGCAUGGUCUUUGAGGCAGAUUGAACCAUGUCGGUAACAAGUAGUACGAGCACAUCAAGCGCUCUCAUUCAGCCAUCCCAGUCCCCGACCACAACAAACUCUUCACGAAAGAGAUCUAUAACCGGGAAAAGAACCAAUUCACUGGGGUGGGCCAAAUCCGAUUGCCACACAUGUUCUUCCCUAGGUCGUCACUGCGAUAGACGAAGGCCGCGGUGCAGCGCAUGUCUGAACGACGGAGUGAUAUGCGCCGGGUAUGUGCAACAGCUGGACUGGGAGCGGGCCACCCGUCGGCUCAAGAAGUCGAGGGCCAAGAACUCCAGAACCCAUACGAAACCCGAGCCAAACUCAUCAGCUACUGAGGCGACCGCACCUCUGCAAUGCAGCGCUCGAUUACCUACACCAUCCUCAUUCGUGUUUGUGGAACAGCAUGUACCGGCCAGCCGGGCCGUGAAGCGGGCAUCGAGGAACUCUGCCAGAUCGCCGAAAACACCAUCCGCCACAGAUGCUAAGAGCCGCUCUUCAAGCAUCAGUACGGCUAUGAGUAUUCCGACACCUCCUUCUCCUUCUUGGGCAUACGAUCCCAAUACACCAGCUUCGCCGUUCUGCUCGUCAUUGUUGCCAACGACAAGUGUCACAGUCAACACACGGCUGGACCAUUACAAUAGGUCGGUGUUCUGUACUUCUAUUCCUCCCCAGAUCGGAAGACAUCCUGACGACUUUGAAUACGCGUUGGCAUUCUAUGACUCUUUCUUCUCCUAUAUCACGCUCACCUACGCCGUACCAGUCAAUCCAUGGCAAGCCGCCCUUGCACACAUGAAAGAUGACAUUCCCUGCGUACGUGAUGCGGCAGUGGCCCUGUCGCGUAGGCAACAAGCCCAUCUGCGCAGCAGGCCUGAGGGACUCUCGGUCUUGCAACUCAAAACUCGGGCUCUCUCCGUAUUUGCCACGCAUCUUACGGAUAUACCGCUGGAGUCUGGGAUCAGUACAUCUCUCCUUUUAAUAGCCCUGGAUUACACCGAGUCCGGGGUUUCUAACUGGACAAUCCAUCUGCGAGGCGCUUUCCGCAUCCUGGAAUCGAACGGUGGUAUUCGCGUCGCCGAAUCCCGACCUCACCUUAGAAGUCAGAUCGCCAUGUUGAUCUGGUACGAUGUCACUGCUGCUUUGAUCUCUCGUUGUGGGCCCGUCUUUCCCCGAUCAUACUUGGAAGCCUUGAUGUUAUGGCAAUCCGAAAGCGAAUGGAGCAUUCUAGCCCUUAAUGGCCUGCCUGAUGAAAUGUUUCUAGACAUGCACCAACUCGCAGUUGCGGCUGCGCGCCCCGAGACCUUCUCACCAGAAAAAAUCUCAGAGCUCGAGUGUAGGAUUUGGAAUGCACAGAUCAUCAUGCACGAAGAUGAACAGCUGGCUCUGAUGUCUAGGGCUUGGAGGGCAGCGCUUCUUCUUUACAUUGCGCGCGUGUUCCCCCGUCCCGACGCACAGCCUUGCAGCUCUCUGGAAUUGAAUUCGCCCACAACUCCCGCGCUCAACCCACAUGAUUUGGCCUUGGAAGUUCUGCGGACAACCGAGGCAAUCCCGGCGCACAGCAAUUAUCAGAAACAAUGCUUCAUGCCAGUCAUGCUGUCGGCUUGUGAACUUACAUCCGCGGAUGUUCAACAGAGAAAAUUCGUGCUCGAUUUCGGUGAGCGCUGGAAACGACGCACUGGAAUCUGGAUCUUUAAUGCCGGACUCGAAUUCAUGGCAGGCGUUUGGGAGAGGAAUCAAUACAUCAAGUCUACCCCACGACACAGAUGCAGUAUAGACCAGAUGGGUACAGAUGGAUUGAACGAUGCCGACAAUGAUCUCGAGCACAGCGUUGAUGCUUCCCAGACUUUGGAGGAAUCCAUCGAGGUUCCAUGGACAGAAGUCUUUCCCCGAGGUGUAGAGCACGGGUUUCUUUUUGGAUAGCAUCAAAAUCGAGCAUAGGUAGACUGGACUUGACGACCAGUCCUUCCUAUCUCUGACUGAGGCGAGCUUGCAGAGACCCUUACACGAAUGUGAGGCAAAACGCAUCGUCCAGAGGGCUUGCAUUGAAUGCUUGCAGCAGAACUCUAACGUGGUGGAAGGAUCCUGCCCCUGGGUGGACGAGGGCCUACCACAUUCAGGCACAUGUCGCAAGUACAGUGUACAAUACUUGACGCCAUUGGUUUGGCCACAUAUGGCGAUUGCGAUAUAGAGCACAGAUACUUGUACGAUGCUGUCACACUCACACUCGGCCAUUUCAGGAAACGUCUCAUCGUUCUCGUUGACCCUCUCGCACCCACUCCAUCAUGGCCGUCAUUUGGGCAACGUCAGCUCGUUCCACAACCUCGGGUCACGAUUUUAUCGUCAUGGUGGACCGAUCAAGGACUGUGGUUGAAGCUUGUGGGUUUAUGGUCUUGACGCCUGCAUUGGGGCCCCUGUAUUGCGUACAUCUGUCGACGCAAUCCAGCGUCGCCGUGACGCGCGUCCAGAAGUAGUCAACGCGCCAUCCAGGGGAACUUCAGUAACAUGGGCAUUUCUGAGACCGCUUUUCGAAAACCGUGCCGCCGUUUGAUUUCAAUUCAAUACAGAAGCGUGCGGCCUGUGGAUUCUCGGUGACCGUUCUCCAUUUUGAACAAAAGAGGAGGCUAACGACUCCAUCGGCCUACGGGCGGUGGACGCCAGAGGCACGACACGUCGACCCCCGUGGUACAUGUUCUUCGACGGUUAUCCGGGCACGACAAUCUCCACCGGUAUCGACGCUACCUAUAUCAACGAGGAAAGAUGGAGCAGAACACUCCAGAUCUCCUCGUAUACAACGGCCUGGGCCGUGACAGGGGGUUAACCUGCAAUCAUCGCAGGCUGAUGAGUGUUCGACCUCGAAGCACGCGGCUCAAUGGAACAAUGUCUCAACGAGCGAGGGACUCGUGAGACCUUUGGCUUUCACCGCGCGGUGAGUCGAGUCGGCGGCCCUUUGGAGCUUGGUCGACGUGCUGUUUGCAUCGGUGCUAUCAUCAUGGACCUCCCUGAGAGCCACUGGCCCGGCCACACAUAUAGUGGACUAUUAGUCAAAAUGAAUGAAUAUACAAUAGCUGGGCAUAUACGAUAUGACCUUCCAGCACUAUCAG